UUUUGUCAAUCAAAGAUUCAGAAAGCGAUUGUGUACAAGUCUAUAGUAUCGGAAUCUGAUGGCUGAAUUCGGAUCGAAAUGGCUGUGGGGUUUGAGAUCGGUGUGGAUGGUCUUGUUGAACUUUCUCUUAGCUUUGGUGUUUGUUUCGGCGGAGAGGGGCAUGAGACUGCAGGCUUCAAGAACCAAUGAAACAGAAGGACCUGAAUCCAGUUAUCUUCUCAAAGCAAUAAAUUUCUUAUGGCAACCAGACAAAUCGGGCUAUCAACACGUUUGGCCGGAGAUGGAAUUUGGAUGGAAAAUUGUUGUGGGCUCAAUAAUUGGAUUCUGUGGAGCUGCGUUUGGGAGUGUUGGUGGCGUUGGCGGUGGUGGUAUUUUUGUUCCUAUGCUUAGCCUGGUUAUUGGGUUUGAUCCGAAGUCAGCAACAGCUAUAUCAAAAUGUAUGAUCAUGGGUGCAGCAGUCUCAACUGUUUACUACAAUCUUAAGCUAAGGCAUCCUACACUUGAUAUGCCCAUCAUCGACUACGACUUGGUACUGCUCAUCCAACCAAUGCUCAUGCUGGGCAUUAGCAUAGGAGUGUCUUUCAACGUCCUAUUUGCUGAUUGGAUGGUCACAGUUUUGCUCAUCUUUCUCUUCAUAGUUACAUCAACAAAGGCAUUCUUUAAGGGUGUUGAAACAUGGAAAAAGGAAACCAUUGUGAAAAAGGAGACUGCUAAGAGACUGGAGUCAAAUGGUUCUGUUGGUGCGGAAGUGGAAUACAAGCCUCUUCCUGGUGGUCCGGGAAAUGGUGUUAAAAAGGACUUCAAAGAUACAAAGGUCGGUAUUCUUGAGAAUGUUUACUGGAAGGAACUUGGACUUCUCGUUUUUGUUUGGGUUGCAUUCCUUGCAAUUCAGAUCGCCAAGAAUCAUACAGCUACAUGUUCAACGGCAUACUGGGCAUUGAACUUGCUGCAGAUCCCUAUUUCUUUUGGGGUAUCUUUGUAUGAAGCAGUUGGCCUUUACAAGGGACACAGAGUUAUUGCAUCCAGGGGAGAAGAAACGACAAAUUGGCGAAUCCAUCAGCUGGUUAUCUAUUGCGCCUUAGGUAUAUUGGCUGGAAUAGUUGGUGGGCUACUUGGACUUGGUGGAGGGUUUAUAAUGGGUCCACUAUUUUUGGAGCUGGGAGUCCCUCCUCAGGUCUCAAGUGCCUCUGCCACCUUCGGAAUGACCUUCUCUUCAUCUAUGUCUGUUGUGGAAUACUACCUGUUGAAACGGUUUCCUGUUCCUUACGCUCUCUACUUUGUUGGUGUGGCUACCAUUGCAGCCUUCAUAGGGCAGCAUAUUGUAAGAAAGAUGAUCAUUUUACUUGGAAGGGCAUCACUGAUCAUCUUUAUUCUAGCCUUCACUAUAUUUGUUAGUGCAGUAUCACUUGGUGGGGUUGGCAUAUCAAACAUGAUUGGGAAGAUUCAGCAUCACGAAUACAUGGGAUUUGAGAACCUCUGCAAGUAUGAGGCAUAGCAUGUUUCAUGGCUUGCCUCUUUCUUCAUUACUUUUCUUCCACUCUCUCUCUCUCUC